UCUAUGAACGCUAGCCUGCAAAACGCGGGCAAGCUUAUAUCGGGGCGCGGCGUAGAAACAGGUCACCGUAGGACGCGCAGACAUCACCCAGUGACUACCCGGUGCGACCAGGGCAGCGCGACGCCGCCGCAGCAUCAAUUAGGAAGUCAGGGACUAAGCCUGCAAAACAAAAGCGCCGACGAUGCGCCGCCUCGCCAGCGCGCUGAUCAUAGCAGCCGCGAGCGCCAGCCAGGUCGACGGCCACGCCGUCGAGGGCAAAAUCAAGCUCCCGCUAAAGUUAUUACAGGAGGGCGACCUGCGGACGACGGAGGUGACCUUGAACGGCGGCGAGCACCGCGCCUUCACGAGGCCCGACGGGUCGUUUCGUUUUACUGAUGUCGCGCCGGGCGUGUAUUUGCUGGAUGUGUUAUCGACGGAAUACCUCUUCUCGCAGUUCAAGCUGAACCUGCCCGAGGACGACGGUGAAAUACGAGUCCUGGAGUACAUGUACCCGGGAGCGAACAAGCGCGCCGCGGCGUACCCCGUGGACCUGCGGCCGCACGUCAAAUUAGAAUAUUUCGACAAGCGCCAGCAGCCCGGCUUACAUACGUUAUUCCGCAAUCCCAUGCUCCUGAUGAUGGGCUUCACGAUGCUCAUGGUCUUCUUCAUGCCCAAGUUGAUGGAUUCGCUGGAUCCCGAAGAACGUAAAAGAAUGGAGGAGCAGAUGAGCAAUUCGUCGGACCCGCAGAAGAUGAUCAAGGGCCUCUUCGGGUUGUCUGACGAGAAGGAAUCGGACUCCGAGGAGGAGGGUUCGAAGGGGGGCGGGAAGAAGAAGCGAAGGUAGAGUUUGUACAGUAAGUAGUUAU